UUGUGUUCUUAGCUUUUCAGACAACCGGAAGUUUCUCUCACGAGCCGUUUCGGCACGCGACUGUCAACGGAAAUGUGAAUCGAGUUAAUGUGCAAGCAAUUACAUAUAAAAAGCUAUUCAAAUAAGCAAAUUAAAGUUUUUUAGUUCUAUUAACUUUUUAUACCAAAUAAAAUUGGUUUACUUGAGUAGAUUCGGCUGAAACACUUACAAAUUCUGAACUAUUUUUUGUUUGUAUUUUCUGUGUUGUUCGGUUUGGAAAAAAAUGUCUGCACAACUUCUGAAGUCAAUUUUUAUAACGGCAGUUUUAACAAAAUGUUGUGGUUAAUGUGAAGACAUUGAUCGGUCAUCAUGGCGAAGUGUGAAUGCUCCACCAAAAUUAUUCCGGCUGUGUGUGCCUGGACACUUCUUUUGGGGACAAGUGGAGUAUUCGUAGUGUUUGUGUUUCCCUAUCUGUACACAGUCAGCCUGGGGUUGCCAAUAUAUGUUGGCCUGUUAAUCAUAUUUGUUGUUGCUAACUUUGGAUUAGCGACUUUCAUGGAUCCUGGUAUUUACCCAAGAGCCCAUGAAGACGAAGUAAAGGAUGAUGAUUUCCGUGCCCCUCUGUACAAGAACGUAGAGAUCAAGGGUAUCACAGUACGCAUGAAGUGGUGUGCCACCUGCCAGUUCUAUCGACCUCCAAGGUGCUCCCACUGCAGUGUCUGCAACAACUGCAUCGAGACAUUUGACCAUCAUUGUCCCUGGGUGAACAACUGCAUCGGUCGUCGCAAUUACCGCUACUUCUUCCUGUUCCUGCUGUCCCUGAGUGUUCUCAUGAUCACCCUGUUCACUCUUAGUCUCUUCUAUGUGCUGCAUCACAAGGGCAACCUCACAACCAUCAGUAAUAUUGUCAGCAUUGUGACCAUGUGUAUCAUAGGCCUACUGGUGCUGCCAGUAGGUGGUCUCACCUGUUUCCACAUUGUGCUGGUGUCACGUGGGAGAACUACAAAUGAACAGGUGACAGGGAAGUUUAAAGGAGGUCAUAAUCCAUUCACAAGAGGAUGUUCCCAAAACUGUAGAUAUGUUUUAUUUGGACCAGUGUGGCCAAAGUUAAAGUCAUAUGUAAGAAAAACAAGGACUAUACAGUUAGAUUCAACUAAGGUCACGUAUAUAGCAGCUGAUAAAGAAGUCAAAAUGUAUGCAGACACUAGCAAUGGUGUAAAACGUAAUGUAAAAAAUGACCGAGAUGGCAUGCGUCUAUCACUCGUCGAGGAUUACGAUGACAAUAAUGAGGAGGAUGCUUCCCCUUCCCACGAGAGUCUUAGCAUUGAUAUUGCUCCCUCCAAACAAAAGCAAUCCGCCUCUUACACAAAUCUUUUUGACACUUCGCAGCCUCUAAUCCAGACAUCCUCGGUCGGAGCCAGCUAUCAACAACUCAAGGCCAGUCCAGAGAGUAGCCUGCGCAGGGAUGCACAAUAUGACAGGAAUCAGUCGCGCCAGCACGUGGCCAACUCUACUUCAGGGCGAGGAGUGAAACCACCUUUAGCGGAACCAGAAGAUGAUUGUUCACCUACCAAAAGCUCAAAACCUAGAACAAAUGUGAAUAGUCCCAAAGUGUCUAAAACUGAGCUCAGUAAACCACCUAUAGGUCAAUCACAGCCUGCCUACAGUUCAAACACAUCAACCACAGCACCAUAUAGGCAAUAUAGAAGUAAUGGACACCCAGUACGAAGUGCUAGUGAGGAGCGGUUUCGGGACGCUGACAGGAUCUACACUUCACCACCAGGUAACAACGGGAAUGUCCGCUAUCCUGAUUCCAGGACGAGACGAUCCCAGGAUAACCUUGACCGUCCUGAUGCCAGGACAAGACGAUCACAGGAUAAUCUAGACCGGCCUGGGGUAGGGCGAAACCCUCGGCGUGACGUUGUUCAGACCCUGCCUGGGCAGGCUAGAGGGUCUGGUGGUCAGGGUGCAUAUGCGCAGGCUAGAGGGUACAGUGGUCAGGGUGCUUACGCUGCAGAGAGCGGGGAUGACACGGACUACAAGAGACCCAUGUCCUUUGUGAAGGCGCUUGAAAUGAGUGGGGUUAUGUUGAACGCUCGAGAAAACGACCAAAAUAACAUGCAAAAUAACACAAAUAGAUUUGCACAACAAAAUACAAAUAAAAAUCAGAAAGCCGAGGAAAAGAAAAAGAGUGUAUACGAUGCUACAUAUGAAAUUUCUGUGUAAAUGUUCAAAUAUUUGUGGGUGUUUUUAUUAUCCAAAUAAUAGUUUUGUAGGGUUUUUGUGAGGCUACUACAGAUGGUCCAAUUUGAAAUUGCUUAAAAAUAUCAUUGUUUGUACAAUAGCCUUUUUGUAUUUAUAUAAAAUUAUGGAUGUUUGGAAAAUGAAGAAGAUAACGAUGUACCUCUGUACUUUGAUGUGUACUUUUAAUGUGUCAUUUAUGAUGUGCUAUAUGUGAUGGUGACUUGACACUAGUCUGUGACAUUUUUCUGGCUAUCUGCUCUUGCAUUUGUACAUAUAUCCUCUCCAGCUUACAGAAAGUUCUCACUUUGAAUGUACAGUUCUCCAUUGGAGAAUGUGUAAUUUACAGUUAUUAUUUGUAAAAAAAAAUGCAUUUGAUGGCUUUUUUUCUGCAUUGCACACGUAUUAUUGUUAAUAUGUUAAUUGAAACUGCAAAUGCAGCAGAAUGCCAUUAUUUGAGCCUUGUUGUGGGAAAAAGGGGCUUAAUGCAUGUGCAAUCGGCAUAGGUUAGUCAGUGACCACACUUCCUGCUUUUAUUGUAUUUUUAGUAAGAAGGAAGUUUCUUCUUAGCUAAAAUCUAUUCUCGACAGACAGUGUCAUCCCUGAUUGGCUUGUGAGGACUGCACAGGCUUAUCAAGGACGACACUCAACGCUAAUGCAUUAAGCCCUGUUUUCCUAGAACCAAGCUCAGUUGAACAUGAUGCGUGCUAUUACAGUUUUAAAUUCCUAUAUUUGAUUUAGAGCAAACAGUGGUACAUUUGUGCCCUCUUAUUGUCUUUUCAUGGCCCUACCUUGUUCACAAGCAGUCUUGUUAUAUGAUUCAUAGAUCACAAGAAAGUCAUGAGGAUACAUUAUAUACAUUAAGUAUAUUUGUCAUGAAAACAAAGUCAAUUAAUCAUUUACCAUGGCAUAUAAGGUCACACAAUGUACUUUUGAGAUCAUCACAAAUGGAUUUCUCCUCACCGAUAGAGGAUUGCUUGUAAGUCCUAAAGCUGUGACAACCAUUUGGUAUCUCAUUCAUGGCAUUUGCAUAAUAAAACAUCCAUGAGCAGAAAGACCUGAAAUGUGAGAAUUCCAUCUUCCAAUUUACACAACAUAUGUGUCUAAGUAUUUUGCUGUUAAGUCUUUGUAUUUUGAGAUGUCUGCCUCUCUUGAUCAUAAAAAUUCUGUAUUUGUGUAUUGAUCUAUGAAAACAGACACGACAGAGUUUAUGUACUGCAGACUUUCAUUGAAUGAAGUUUUAGUUAAAGUAACAUGACUUUUAUACAUUCAUAUGGUUAUUUAGCCAUGCAGAUGUUAAAUGGCAAUACUUGAAUUGACAAAACAUAUCAAUACUGGUUUUAAUUAGUUUUCUGUCAACCCUUGACAGGUGAAUGUCCGUUCGUACACUACUAGCAUGUGUCUGUGUGUAGAGCUCCUUGGAGUGGGGAACAAUGAGGUCACAUUGUGCUGGAAAGUUUAUUUUAAUUUUCUUUAAUGAAUCAAUCAAAUAUUUAAUAUAUUUAAUUUUUUUUUUCAAAAUAUUUGUAUUAGAAAAUGAACAUCCUCAUCUCACAAUGUCACAUCUCACAAUACUAAGAAAUUGUUUUAUUUACAUUGCUAUAAUUGUAUCCAUAAUCUUUAUCACUUCACUUGAGGAUAAACUUUGCUUAUUUCUGAGCUUGGCAAAGUUUUGUGUACUUGUAUUUAUGAACCAUGCUGUGGUGAAAUGGGGUUGAAUGAAUGCUAAAGAGCUGUCCCAGAUAUGCCUGUGGACGACAUUUUCCAGCUGAUAUGGAUUUUUUAUUUAAAGGAAGUCUCUUUUAAGGGAAAGUCUACAAUAUGUGGAAAGUGUCAACCCUGAGUAGCCUGUGCUUGCUGCACAUUCUAAUCUUGGACGACACUUUAGGCACAUGCAUUUAGCACUGUUUACCCAGAGCCAGGACCAUUUUGAAGUGUUCACCAUAUGGCCUGCCUUUUAAUUUCGAUAUUUCAUGGUAAUACUGUAGUAGUCAUUCCAUUUGUGUUACUCAUUGUGUUGCCUUUGUAAUGGAACUCACAUUUUUUUAUUUAGUGUAUUUUAGUAUGUUGUAUUCUUGAUGUAUUUUGUUUUAAAUGUAUUUUUAACAGAAAAUGAAUAAAUUUAAUAACUAUU